GUGAUGGCUGAAAUAUGGCACUGCCUACACAAUGUGUUUCUCAAAAUCAAAUCGAGAUAAUUUUCAAGUCAUUGAUUUAGGAAAGGAUUACCGUCCUGUGUGUGUUUUCUCUUACCAAACACAAGUUCACACUCCGACUUUUGCGUGUUAUAUGGCCAUAUUUGGUGGCCAUAUAGAGCCUUCUACUGUCCACUCCGCGGAACCACAGGCCGUUUUCUAUACCCAGCUCUCCAGAGCAGGACGAGAUGAUGGGAGAUAGAGGCAUCAGGGAGAGACAUCCCAAUGGAGAGAUCACAACCAACGGUAAAAUGGAGGUGGAGCAGAUGAUCAGCAGGAAGCUUCACCUGAAACGGGCGGCAGAGCACCUGAAGUCGGACCUGAUGAAGCAGCUGGACUCUCAAGUGAACGACUUCAUGAACUGCCUGAUCGAGGAGUCUGCCAGUCUGGAAGCUGCCCCAGUGCUGCUCUCUGACAAAGAGAGCAAUAAACUCAGUAAGAAGUCACGAACCCCAGGAAGCCCAGGCAAAGUGUAUGUGAGCCGCCGUUCGCUGCUUGAUGAACUGUUUGAAGUCAACCACAUCCGGACAAUCUACCACAUGUUCAUCGCCCUCCUCAUACUGUUCAUCCUCAGCACACUGGUAGUGGACUUCAUCGAUGAGGGCCGGUUAGUGUUGGACUUCAACCUCUUGGUAUUUGCCUUUGGGCAGCUCCCCCUGGUGGUAUGCACGUGGCUGUGCAUGUUUGUAUCUGUGCUCGUGGUGCCGUACAGCCUCCUCCACCUGUGGGCCAGCUGGUAUCCGACCUGCAGCCACCCGACCCUGUGGUCCGUCCUGGUGGGCACCGUGUCCAUGCUCUACCAGGGGCUGGGGCUGGGCUUUCUGCCCACGUCAGUGGUGCUUAGCAACAGCCUCCCGCCUGCCUCACGCUUUAUCAUCAUUGUGGAGCAGGUGCGCCUGAUGAUGAAAGUCUACUCCUUCGCCAGGGAAAACGUCCCCAGAGUCUUGUCAGCAGCACAGAAAGACAAAACCAAUGGUCCUGUCAUACCUCAGCUAACACAGUAUCUGUACUUCCUCUUUGCCCCAACACUCAUUUACAGAGAUCACUAUCCCAGAAAUCCAUACAUAAGAUGGAGUUAUGUUGCCACAAAGUUUGGUCAGGUGCUGGGAAGUCUGUUCUAUGCAUACUAUGUGUUUGUGCGGCUCUGCAUCCCGCAGUUCCGCAGCAUCAGCCUACAGCUCUUUGACCUGAGGGCCAUGGUGCUCUGCGUCUUUAACUCCAUCCUUCCAGGUGCACUGGUUCUCUUCUUGGCUUUCUUCGCUUUCCUGCACUGUUGGCUCAAUGCUUUUGCAGAGAUGCUGCGUUUUGGUGACAGAAUGUUCUACAAGGACUGGUGGAACUCAACAUCAUUUGCUAAUUACUACCGUACAUGGAAUGUGGUGGUGCAUGAUUGGCUGUACUAUUAUGUGUACAGGGAUUUUCUCUGGUUAACGGAGAAGCGUUUCCGGAGUGGAGCCAUGCUGUUCGUGUUCACUAUGUCUGCAGUAGUGCAUGAGUACAUCCUGGCCAUCUGCUUCGGCUUCUUCUACCCAGUCCUCUUCUGCCUCUUCAUGUGCUUCGGAAUGAUGUUCAACUUCAUCCUGCACGACCGAAGGAAAGGCCCCAUAUGGAAUGUUAUCAUGUGGACCUCCCUCUUCUUGGGGCAGGGGGUCAUCAUCUGCCUGUACUCCCAAGAGUGGUAUGCCCAGCGAUACUGCCCCAUCGAUGAGCCCUCUUUCUUGGACCUGCUGAAGCCACGAUCCUGGACCUGUCACCUGACCAGUCCACAUGCAGAACACUCUGGGGGAUCCUGAGCCAUUCUGAUCAGAACCUACACCAGCUAUAUCAUCAUGAAAACAAACAAACAAAAAAAAGAGCACGAGUUGAAUGUUCUUUUUAACGUCCUCUGUGCUAAAUUCUUUCAUUUUCUGACUUUUUUUUUAUUGCACUAUGCCUUCUGUGGAUGUCUUCUCCUCAGUUUCAGAAUCAAGGUUAUGGUCAGCUUUACAUGGCUGCUCUGAUUCUGAACUAUCAUACAGCAGAAUGCUCUUCUCAAGUGUUUUUUUCUGUUUUAGUUUUUUUUUUAUCUUGCAGUCAUCCCCUAGGAUAUCUAAUAGGAGCUGCUAUUCAGUUUUUGUAUGCCUUCUCAGUCCUUUUUUAAUAUAUAUAUAUAUAAUAUAUAU